UGGGGAUUGGAAGUAAACAGCUCGGUGGCUCGUUAAGCAGACGUAAAUCAUGUCCCACCAGCCUCUUCCUGGGCCGCCGCAUGGUUUUGAAUCAAUAAAGUUGGGGUUUUUGCUCAUGUUGCUGUAAAAUCAGCCCUUGUGUGUACAUGGAGACGAGUUCUCUUCUGUAGGACCCUUCCUUUCCAACAUCUGCGCUCGGAAAUCGGUGUACGAGUUGGUUACCGUCCUCAUUUAUAUCCUUUUUAUGGGGUGGGAAAGUCAUACAGCUGAGUGCCAGCCAUCCGUGGGAGAGCCUUGCACGUUGACAUGACUUCAGACGUUGGCAAAUUGACGGAGGGGCUAGACGGAGAGUCCGGAGUACAACGCGACCGCGUUAUAGCUGCUGAAACGGAGCGUGUUUUGCUGUUUUCAGAGCUGUGUCCUCUCAGAGUUUAUAUAGGGACUGUAGGAAAUGAGCGCUGUUGCUCCAAGCGCUCAGGCAGAGCGCUUGUCGGCCGCUCUACGUUACUGCUGCUGAGCGCUGGUCGCAGUGUAACGUUUCCCCGGCAAAACGGGGCCUUAGUAAAAGUCUGAAUUCGGAUGACAGACGCUUGUGCUAGCGUCGUACCUGACCGCGGAAGCGGGAGCAGCCUUGUCGAAGGCAGUUGUUGACGCUAGAGCAUCGGCGCGCUCUCCGAGCCUAAACAAAGCCCCAGCUAAUCGGAUUACAUUUAUUAAACUUGCCCGUGUGACACGCGGCGCUGCUCGCCGCACAGUGGUUUGUCGGAGCCGGGAACGCAUCUGGGAGAUUAGAUGGAAUUAGAUAUGCCUGAGCGCUACCCUCAGGACGGCGGACGUCCUUUUUACCUUACCAGGGAGGUUGCAAAUGCGUGGAGAUAAGAGAAGAGGGCCUAGCGCAGAGCCGGAUAACCCCAGGGAGAGAAACCACUCCGGCAUCGUUCUUGGCUAGAUGAAUUCCAGUUAGGGCAGGCGACAGUGCGGGUGCGAGCGAUCCCCAAGCAAAGCAAAUCCCCUGAUCUAAGCAAAUUCGAGACAGGCUGCUGGUGCGGCACCGAAUCCUGCUGCAAGUUCCUGGAGCUGCAGCAGUAUCGCGUGCCGGUGGGCAGGCGGGGCCAGCAGGCAGCUUGUUUGUUUCCUUGCAGUAGUUGUAGCUCCUUUUUUUCCCCCACCUAACUCGAAGAGGGAUGGGUGUUGCUCUUACCCUGCAGACCGUACUGCGUUUCCCUACUGCACUUCAUCUGGGGGAAGCGCUAGCGCAAAACUCCUCCUUAUGCUUGCGUUUGUUGUAGUCGGUAAUCCCUCCUUCCCCAGGAACGACUGUGAGAAGAUCAUUCACCAGAGGACCAACACGACUCCCUUUGACCUGGUGCCUCCCGAGGACGGGGCCGACGUGAGCGUGAGGGUGAUGAAACCCCUGGAGGCCGCCGAGCUCAGCCUGGAGACGGUGUACGAGAAGUUCCACCCCUCCGUCCAGUCCUUCACCGAUGUCAUCGGCCACUACAUCAGCGGCGAGCGUCCCAAAGGCAUUCAGGAAACGGAACAGAUGCUGAAGGUGGGAACCACGCUGACGGGGGUGGGAGAGCUGGUGCUGGACAACAACACGAUCAAACUGCAGCCCCCGAAGCAGGGAAUGCAGUACUAUCUCAGCAGCAUGGAUUUCGAUGCCUUGCUGCAGAAGCAAGAAUCCAACGUCAGACUCUGGAAAAUCCUGACAAUCAUUUUUGGCUUCGCUACUUGCGCCACUCUCUUCUUCCUCCUGAGAAAGCAAUACCGGCACCAUCGAGAGAAGCAGCGCCUCAAGCAAAUGCAAGAUGAAUUCAGGCAAGCCCAGGAACGACUAACGCGCGAAGUGAACACGGAGGGCGGGGAGGCUCUCAAAAACGCUUGCGUCGUCUGUUUGACCAACACCAAGUCUUGCGUCUUUCUGGAGUGUGGCCACGUUUGCUCUUGCAACGAAUGCUACCAAGCUCUUCCAGAGCCCAAAAAGUGCCCCAUUUGCAGGCAGGCAAUCUCUAGGGUGGUUCCCUUGUACAACAGUUAAAUUUCUGUGGCCGGGGAGCUUUUUUGCAUCGAGGUCCCCUGUCUUCAGGGCUUUUUCUUCAAGUCCUGCUUUGGCCAGCCUGUCUCACUGUUUGGGCAGUUUCUUUUGAUGGGAAUGAAAUGUAACUGGGGAAGCCCGAGAGGGCUAAGGUGCUUUAAUUGGGGUGCAAAGCCAUGUCUUAAAAGGAUUAGGUCCAGCUGAUAUAAGUGCGUAAGGCUUAUAUGACGGUCCAAAGGUUUUAAGGAUGAUCUGAGUGAGCAGUUCUCAGAAACGGCGCCUACGUUAAGUUAGUAAACGAGCGCUCUUCUUAGUUUCCCUGUAGUUUCCGGCUGUCGGGUUUGUCAAAGUUGAACUCUCCUCGUUUGUUUGCGUUUUGGCUUACUGAGCCUGCAGUCCCUGCACGUGUGGGAUCACCCCGAUUUGUUUCCCCGUGAGCAAAAUACCUGGGUUACAAAAAGCCCAGUGAAAAGCAGUAUCUUUCCUACUCAGAGGCUGCAGGAUUUAGGCGACACUGCCAUCUAGCUCCUAGGACUUUCAUUUAGCAGGAUGGCCUUUAAAAGAGCUUUUAUAGGGUUUUGCGUGACCACAAAUGUUUUGGGGGAAAAUCCGUGGUUAAUUCAAGCAGGGAGCAGAAUUUCCAUUGUCUCUUCCUCGGUCUCUUACUAAUAUCGCAAAAAAGCUGUUUUUUUUUUUUUUUUUCCUUUAAACUUCCCCCUACAGCGUUGAAAAUCAAUUUCAGUCCAAAAAAAUAAAUAAAAAUCAAUCUUGCUGUAAGAUGAGAAUCGGGACACGAAAAAUGCUGCAGUCGGUUUCUGCGUCUAGGCUUGAGCCAGGAUAUAAAAUGCUCCGGUAGUAUGAAAAGCAUGUUUGUCUUGGGUUAUUAAAUCUAAAUGACCCCGAAGGUGGCAACAGGAGCGAGACGAGCCAUUUCCCCAUCUCCCAGCCUACUUGUAUUUUUAAAGUUUGGCCCCAUUCCUUGUUUUAGCGAGGGAGACUGUCCUAGCUGCUGUCCGGAGCAGGAGCUCAGGGCUUGCCCGGAGCCCUCGUAGGCAGCGGCGUAGCGCUGCUGCGCGGGGCUGGGCACAUCUGCGAUGGGUGAACAGCUUGGCCGGGCAGCGUCCCGGUACUGGACACGAGUUAGAGUUUGGGAAUUUUUUUUUUUUUCUUUUGAUGUCUUUUGAAAUUUGCCAGUCUGCUGCUUCUCUUUGUUCUUCCCGGGUUUUACAAGCCGCGCUAAGCUAUCGAGUGCUGAAGGAACGUCAGUCACCUUCUCUUGCCGCCGGCCGCGAUCUGUGUGACAGAGGGGAACUGUAUCCCCGCGUGCUGAAUCCAGCGUAACCCGAGUCCUUAUGGAUACUGCUGUCCUCCUUUUUGUGCUGUAGAUGGUGCAAAAUAAACCUCCACGUGGAAAAGGAGAACGCCCUUC